GGUGGGGCGGGGUGGGGCGGGGUGGAGGCUCCGCGGACCCACCCCCCAGCCCGGCGGCCCGGGCGGCGAGGCGAGGGCCGGGCAGUGGGUGUUGCCUUCUACCUCUGCGAGCAGGGAGGGGUUAGUUUCCCACAGGGGAUUUCAACCAUCACACUCUGAGCCCGCCUCCUAAUCCUCGGGCGGAGCGGCUCGGGGGCCCCAUUUUAUGGCAAUAAAGCGACUUAGCGCCUGCUGAGCGAGCCCCUCCCCGCCGCCGCCCCCGCCCUCGGCCCCACCCCGGGGCUCGCCCGCAGCGGCGGGGCUUUGUUUCUGGGGAGGAGGACCCGGAGCUCUUUUGUUUGGGGGUUUGGUGUUUUCACCCCCCCACCUCACCUCACCCCACCCCACCCCACCCCCUGCGCCUCUCCGGUUUCCUGAGCUGCGGGCUGCAAGGGAGGAGAAGCCGCGUCUUGCAACCCCCUCGGCUGGGCCCCGGGGUAAUUCGAUGCGGGCCUGGCGAGGCUCCCCACGCUAGACCGGGGCUCGCGUCUCGGCAGCCUCCACCCACCGGCCCACCCUACAUUUAGCGCAUCAUGUGAUCCGGUAACACUGGGGAGGUGAGCAGCUCUAUUUACAUUUACUGCAAGUGCAUCCAGUGGCUUCAGUAGACAUCUGUCAAUCAAAUAACGUCAUUCUGCAAAUCCACGAAGACGCCUGCAGGCCCUUUUCUUACUGGAGGAUAGAGUUGUUUGGAUAAGAUCAAUGUGACUCUAGAGACAAAUGGAUGAAUGAAUAUCCAUAUGAAGAGGAAAACAAUAAAGAAUAUCAACACCUUUGAGAACAGAAUGUUAAUGCUUGAUGGGAUGCCGUCAGUCAGAGUCAAAACCGAGCUUUUGGAAUCUGAACAAGGGUCUCCAAACGUCCACAACUACCCCGAUAUGGAAGCUGUUCCCCUGUUGCUAAAUAAUGUGAAAGGGGAGCCCACGGAGGACUCGUUAUCUGUAGAUCACUUCCAGACACAAACUGAGCCAGUGGACUUGUCAAUCAACAAAGCCAGGACAUCCCCCACCGCCGUGUCAUCCUCCCCGGUUUCCAUGACAGCGUCCGCCUCCUCGCCUUCUUCAACUUCAACCUCUUCAUCAUCUUCUAGUCGUCCAGCCUCUUCCCCGACCGUUAUCACAUCAGUAUCUUCAGCAUCAUCUUCGUCAACAGUAUUAACUCCAGGGCCCCUCGUAGCCUCCGCGUCCGGGGUGGGCGGCCAGCAGUUUCUGCACAUCAUUCAUCCUGUCCCGCCUUCAAGUCCCAUGAAUUUACAGUCUAACAAACUGAGUCACGUUCACCGCAUCCCCGUGGUGGUACAGUCGGUGCCUGUUGUCUACACAGCUGUGCGGUCACCUGGAAAUGUGAACAACACUAUCGUAGUGCCGCUUUUGGAGGAUGGGAGAAGCCAUGGCAAAGCACAAAUGGACCCCCGAGGCCUAUCUCCCAGACAGAGUAAAAGUGACAGUGACGAUGAUGACCUGCCAAAUGUGACCUUAGAUAGCGUUAAUGAGACUGGAUCUACGGCCCUUUCCAUAGCCAGAGCAGUACAAGAGGUACAUCCGUCCCCAGUAUCAAGGGUCCGGGGAAAUCGAAUGAAUAAUCAGAAGUUUGCUUGUUCAAUCUCACCAUUUAGUAUUGAGAGCACAAGACGCCAGAGACGGUCUGAAUCCCCAGACUCCAGGAAACGGCGUAUCCACAGAUGUGAUUUUGAGGGAUGCAACAAAGUAUACACAAAAAGUUCUCACCUGAAGGCUCACCGAAGGACACAUACAGGAGAGAAACCCUACAAGUGUACCUGGGAAGGCUGCACCUGGAAGUUCGCUCGCUCCGACGAGCUGACAAGGCAUUACCGCAAACACACGGGCGUGAAGCCGUUCAAGUGCGCGGACUGUGAUCGCAGCUUCUCCCGGUCAGACCACCUGGCCCUGCACCGCCGGCGGCACAUGCUGGUGUGAGGAGUGCUUCCCGUCCAGCUGAGCGUAAGAGCUGGGUCUCUUAGCGGCACCCCAUUCAGCAGGGCUGAAUCCCCUCCACAGUGUUAACGCAAAAGGGCGUCACCAUCCCACGAUGUCUGAAACCAGAGCAGGAACAAGAAGGAACCCUUCUCCUUUCGGUCUGAAGGUAACCCCCAUCGCGACUGCACGAGAAACGUCUUCACGCUGGCCUGGGAGAUCCGUGACACAAUCGCUGAGGAGACAGGCACUGUUUCCCCGUGCCCUGUACUCUGCCGUUUCAGGAUGUUUGUAGCUUGUACGUUUUCUGAGCUGUCAGACGUUUUGUUAUCGAUCCCUUAAAGGUCACCUAUCACCAGCCGAUGGCUAGAGCGGGACCUUUCAGAUUGGGAUUCUUCUCCCGCACCCCCCCCCCCCACCCUGCCCCCUUCUUUUUACUGAAAUUUUAGUUCCUGUCUCAGUAAGCUAGAGCACACAUCCAGUCUGUUUCCAGCAAGCAGCAUGAAAGUAGAGAAGAAGCAGCCUGUUGGAGAGUUCCAUGACCUGAAAAGAAAGGGGCACUCAGGCGGCCCUUGGCAAUAGCGCCACCCGCCACUUGUCAUUAGGCCAUGCCCUGAAGAGAAACCGACAUUGAAUCUUUCAUUUGUUUGUCGUUGAUUGUUUCUGUUUUGUUUCGAUUCCGUUCUGUUCAUCUGUUGGAGCAGAGGGGCAGCGACAUUUCAGGUGGAGCGUAGUGCCAGCGUCUGCCCUGGCGUGGACCGGCACCGAGGUGUUCUGUAGUUGAAUAGGAAGAGCCUGUCUAAAAAAAAAAAAAAAAAACAAA